AUGCAGUUGGAAGGCAAAGAAGAGGCUGACAUGUCAAUUGAGAAACCAAGCGAUGUCACGCCAUUGGACCCAGCGUUCUCAUCCAGAUUUGUUGAAACGUCACUAGAGGGCGGUAGGGAGCAUUCUAAGACGUUUUAUGCGCCCUGGUCGGAGCGCUCCUGCUCCCUCACCGCCACUGGGCAGCGGCCCUUUGAUGGCAUGAGCUUUAAUGCAAUAUCCACGCCGGGGAACAAACAGACGAAGGCAUUAACGUCUGCGUUCAAGAAAGGGAGGGGCCGUAAAGGUCGCAAUGAGGCGCAGGUGCCUUUGCUGGUGGAAAAAACAAUGGAAGCGUUGGAGGAGAAGGCACUUGAUACAAACACGGCGGAUUAUAAUUCCGAAAAUUUGGAUGCGAUUUUCGCAAAGUUGGAGGAGGUGCCGGCGGUGGCGGAUGGACGGACGCAUUUGCAGGUGCUUGACACCUCUGCAAGGGCACGGCCACCAUGGUGGCUGCGCCGGUGGACGGAGUUGAAGCUGUUUCUAAAUAGCACUUCAGUGCGAGGGAAGUCCAUUGACAGUGUGAUUGGCAUGGCAAUGGAUCAGUUGGACGCCGAUGUGGAUGCGGUGCGGGUCCUCGGGAAGGAACUUGCUGAUAACAAGGACGUCGACCUUUGUCAACUCAGCGCAAGCAGGGUUGAGCAGAUUGAACAAGAGGAGGAAGGCGAGAAGGAAAGGAAUUUGCUGCUGCCCCCAUUACUUCCGGAGGAUGAGCGGAAGAGAACAAGCACAGGGGCGAGUGGGGAACAUGCUACUAGUGAAAUGUUAGCGCAACUUGUGCCGCCAUGGCUGUAUGCUGAUACGGGAAGGCGCAUGACGCAGCAGCUAUCACAGACCCUUGCGGUUGUGCAAAAGAAAUUAGUUGAAAAGAUGUCCGACGAUGUGGAAGGGGCGGAGAUGAGACUCUUGGGAAUUUUUAAUUGUGGCGGGUAUGACGGGACACAGCGCGUUUUUGUGUGUCCGGCGGUGCAGCGUCUGCAUGCGUCUGUCGUGCGGAAGUCCAUUCUUAUGGACUUGUUUGCUUCGCAGACGAAUCUGCGUCAGAAGCGGGCCCAACUUAUAAGCGAUGGAUUUUGGACGCAGACACCACGGAUCCAUGCGGAUUACCUCACGGAUGAGGAUAUUCGACCAUUGUACGACCCCACCACUUUACAUCUGCUAGGCUCCAAUGACCGCUCUUCUCCGACGAAAACAGGAGGGAGCUCUCCGAAUGAUCACUCUCUUUUUAUUCACAUUGACUACAUCCGUUUUCGGCCGACUGCAAAUUCUGCGUGGCAGCAUGCUGGUGAAGCUUCCAUAGCAGAUGUCGCAUCACCUUGGUGGGAUGGACGAAAUAUUGAUGCGGGCAUCACAAACACCCUGUCAAUGGACUCGGCAGGCAAUCACCAGCCCCAGAACAACGGCAAUGCCAAGUCAUUGGUGACCUUCACUCAGGAGGAGCGAAUUGUCUCCGAUUUAUUGGACAAAUACGAGCAGUACCGCAUGGUGGAGUUAAAUUUUUUGCCGCAUCUAAAGAGUCGUCGCUUUUACAAGGAACAGCUGGAGAACUUGGAGCGGCAGCCUUGCCAUACAGAAGAACAGAAAAAACUCAAAGCCUUGCUGUUGCGGCUUUUAAAUCUCACAUGUGAACUUGAGCGUGUGUAUCUUAAAGAGAUGGUGUCUGCCUGGCGACGAAUUGCGCGGCUGCGUGGUGAAAACCCAGAUGACUGUUUUGCCCCAUUUCCGCCUUCCAGCGUCGGGGCAACUCCGAACGAAGAGAGUACGCCCUUUUCUCCCUCCAAUCCGACGUCACAGAGGGAUGGUGUCGAGGGGAUUGGAUUACGGCGAGGUUUCUUGGGUCUCUCCGAGGGAGCCGUAUCGCUGUUGAGUGACGGUCCAUCAGAGCUACAGGUGCAGAUGCCGACCAAUGCACGUCUCCGUAUGUACUCGCGGUAUCACGGCGAGGGUGCGGUAAUGACUCCCAUUCAGGAAGAAAAUUUAUUAGAAUACACGCCGGUUAUUGAGGGGGUGAUAGCACCCCCACAUGUGCUUGUUGACGGAGGGUCACAAGUGGGCGAGAAUGGCGUGACGUCACCAUCACCAUCGUCACCGCCGCAGGUUUUUUUGCCGUCGUCUACACUGCAAAACAGCAAGUCGACUCUGUUUCAGGUACUUGUUUUCUUUCGAACGAACUUUGUUGUUCCUCCACAUUUCGUGGGGUGCACGGCCCCACGAGCACUGAAUUCUUCAAAGUUGCUUUUUUUAAACGAGACCUUUGAGUUACGCACGUUACAGGAACCCCAAGAGAUCCUCCUUCACAUUCUCUCCGUGCGAGGGGGAUCGGAUGGUGAUUGUGUGAUUGCCACCGUCAGUGUUUUCCCUUCACUUACUCGGGCGCAUCUGUUGCUUCCGUUACGGGCUCCUAUUUCCUUUUCAUACCGUGGCACGACCUACAGAAAGCACGGAGGUGGUGUCUUACCAGGCCUCGUUUCACUCUCAACAACAUGGACUACGAUAAAAGGAAUGACGGUGGAGGAAAUUGAAGGCCUAUUCCUGCGCGGUGACGCGGACCCGUUAGAUCCACAGCAUGGACCCUUGUUGGCCACACUGAAAGCCCAUUACAUGGAAUUACGAGGAAACACAACGACGCUGCCUGCAAGGGCAGACGUUCCUUUGCCAGGACUCAGCGAAGGUGCCACGUCAGGGAUGAGACAUCGAGGGCAUCGUCCAAGUACCACCACUAGACCACCACAUCCUCUGGAAGGUGCAAAUUGGAGCAAACGGUUGGAGCUGCUUCACCGGCGUUGGUUGUUUUACAUGGCAGGUGUCACUCUGCAGGACGCAGUGGAGGCCCGUCUUUUUUCUCAGCCUGUCCCACUGGAGGAAUUUGAAUGUUAUGAGUUACAGAGCCGUGUAGAACGUGAGGCUCAAAGUGAAAGACGUAAAUUGAAGUUUAAGAUACCUUCUGAUGCACAGUCUCUUGGCGAUGCGGAGGUGGAUUUGUUGCCCAAAGUAUUUAUUCUUAGCCCACUUUCAUCCAAGGAGAAACUUCAUCUGUGGCAAGAGCGUCUGCGCCGCCUCAAGGCACGCCGCACAUCCUCCCGCAAGUUGGAGGAUCAUGAGCUUCUGGAGCGGCACGUUAUUUUACCAAAACUACGACCGGUGAAGGGCAUCCACUUGACUCCGGAAAGUCAACUCAAUCCUCGACGUGAGGCGCGGCCUAAGGUUGACAAAAUAACUCGAGAAUCGCUUGUGGUGAAGCAAGACUCACGCAUUGUUGUGCACAUCAUGAGGGCGACAACGCUGCCCCAGCGCUCUGAUGGCACCCCAUUGGAGCCUUUUGUUGAGGUCGGUUUUGUCUGUGAAACCGUGGUCUCGCGCAGUGAGGUCGGUACAUCACCUUCAUGGUUUGAGACCCUCAACAUUCCCUUUUCUCCUCCCGACUUUGACGAUGAAACACUCUCCUUGAUUGAGGACGACAUUGUUGUAUCCGUGUAUGACAAGGUUGAGAUUCCAAUGGCUUCAACUUCACUGGUAACGGGCGUGGUUUCUCAUGAGACGCACUACCGAACAGAGCGUCGCCUACUGGGGAAGUUGCGUUUGCCCUUUUUUACCCUCUACGAGGCGGAUCAAGCGCGUGUGGAAGGGCAGUUUCCUCUAUCAACGCCACGAUGGGUGCUUGGGUAUCUUCCAGAUGGAACUGACGCGACCGCUGCCAUUAACCCAUUAAAAUUGCUUCGCGGUGAAUCGACUCAUUCACACCCGUCUAUACAAUUGUACAUUGCGCUUUGGCCACCACUUCGUCACGCUACGUCUAGAGAAAUGGACCAGUCCACCAUUUCACGGCUUUUGACGCAACUGAAUGUUUCGGCGCAACUCCAUUAUUUACAUGGGAUUGCGAUGAAAUGGAGACGUGAUGCCUUGAUAAGGAUCAAAGCUCUCUCUUCAGUGAACCCCGUGGCUCAAAUGCGAGAGAUUGAACCCUUUGUGUUUUGUACAACGGGGGAUUUAACUCUUGUGUGCCGUUAUCUCCUUGCGAAUGGUGGUCCACCGCCGUUGACCACAAGAACAGUGGAGGAGGCGAUUCGAUUUGUCUCAUUAUUGCCGUUUUGUAUUGACACUCUUACAUGGGGUGAUAAAGAUGUUUGGAGCACAAACGCGGAGUUUCUCCGUAUUAGAGAAGGGGACUAUGAGGAACUUUCUCUUUUACUGGCCCAUUUCUUGCGUUUUCUUGCACCAGAGGAGGCGACAUUUGUGGUGACAGGCAGAGGUGUCGUCCAUCACCAUGUGGUGAUGGUUUUGCACUCCUUUGGGGGUGAGCUUCGUCUCAUCGACCCACGUGCCGGUUGUGUUUGCCCUGUGCAUGAUCCUCAUCUCACUUUUUUUCGUGAUGUGCACAUGGUAGUGUCGCACAAUCAGCUGUGGGCAAAUGUUCAGUUGAGUGGUGCCCCACAUCGGAUGGAAUGGAAUUUAAACGACCGACGCUUUUGGCUGCCAUGCUUUGAACACGAGGACGAAAAUGUGAGGGCCUGUUUACCCUACAUCGCCGCAAUACAGCGACAGUUUUUGCUGUUUUCUAUGCCAGAUCCACAGAAGGAGCGGGAGAUUGAGCAGCAGUUGCACAAGGCCGUUCGUCGUGCUCUGGUUGGGUGGCGCAAUAAUCGACGGCUUGCAUUUCAUCACGGCGUCGUCCCAAUCCUUCAGGCUCUUCUUAGGGAUGCCGAGGAUGAACUUUGCCAGUAUGCCAGUGUGCGUCGUGAGGCCGUGACGAUGCGUGCCAGAGAGAUGUUGAAUGAUUACUUUGGCGACGAGUUGCUGAAGGAUCCCUUCCAAAGUGACCAAUGGCGAGGGGAGCACCGCAGUCAAGCUGCCGGUGGCGACUUCCGAGUGGAUGUAAAAAGGCCCAGAAUCUGCAUUAUGGGAAGCCCCGUGAAUGCCGCCUAUGAACCCAAUGACACAAGUUAUCAAUCUAUUCUGCAGCAGGUGUUCGAGACUGCAGUGCAUGAGGUGGGUACGAAUACGGUUAGUUUUGCGAUUGGUGUUUACGUCAAGGGAUACACCAGCGAUGUUUACUCCAUGUGGGUGUUUCUGGUGGCACUUUAUGAGGUUUCGGUCUCUUCUUCAUAUUAA